AUGUUUCAAGUGCGACCAGAGUUUGAUGCCUGUUAUCAGAGCAAUAUAGAACCGUGGAGCAGAUAUUUAUCAGGUGAACAAGGGGUAGCACCUAAAGAUAGCUUUGACCCUUUAGCUUGUCUCAUUGAACUUUGUCAUAAGAAUGGUAUGGAGCUUCAUGCUUGGCUUAAUCCAUAUCGUGCGGCAGCUAACAAAAGUAAAGAAUUAGCUCCAAGUCAUCUAGCCAAGCUUAAACCUAAAUGGUUUGUUACUUAUAAUAAUCAGCUUAUUCUUAAUCCUGCCAUUCCUCAAGCUAGAGAGUAUGUUUGCCGUGUGGUUAAAGAUAUUGUGAUGCGUUAUGAUGUGGAUGCUAUUCAUUUUGAUGAUUAUUUCUAUCCUUAUCCUAAAGAGGGUGAAGUCUUUGAAGAUGAUUUGGCUUUUGAGGAGUAUGGUCUUCCUAUGGGAUAUAAAUAUGGCGAAAAGGAUAAGUUUCGUCGCAAUAACAUCAACCUUCUAAUAUCUUCUAUAGCUAAUUUGCUUAAGGAUACUAAGCCUUGGGUGAGAUUUGGAAUAAGUCCUUUUGGUAUUUAUCGUAAUGAACUUUCUGAUCCUCGUAGAGGAAGUAGAACUCUAGGGCUUCAAUGUUAUGAUGAUCUGUAUGCCGAUGUGCUUCAUUGGGCUGAAGAAGGUUGGAUUGACUACGUAGUCCCUCAGAUUUAUUGGAAUAGCGACAAUGUUAUUACUAAUUACGAUGAACUUGUUGAGUGGUGGUCUAAGCAAUUAAGAGGAACUAAAGCACAGUUUUAUGUAGGACAACAUAUCCGUCGUACGAUUGACGGAAAUGAGCUGAUGCAUAAAAUGUUGUUAAGUCAGGAGUAUAGCAAGGGGAAUGUCUUUUGGCCUGCUGAAGAUUUAUUUCAAAAUUAUGGAGCUGUCAGCGAUAGUAUUGCUCGUAAAUAUCAGGAUCAAUUUGCCUUACUCCCAGAAUAUGAAGGUGCUUUAGGUAAAUCUCAAGCUCCUAGAAAGAUUGAUAUGUUAUGGGAGGACUACAAUGAAGACGGACAUAUGCUGAUAUGGAGAGAUCUUGCAGAUCGACGAGAUCCUGAAAAAGCGUUUAUGUAUAUCGUUUAUGCCUUUCCUAAGGGUAUAAAGCCUUCUUGUGAUAAGUCAAAAUAUAUCAUUAGUAUCUCAAGUGAAGCUAGCCUUUUGUUACCUAAGCUAGAAGCUAAUUCAGAAUAUACGAUAUAUGUAACUUCUGUCAAUCGUUUUUGGCAAGAGAGUGAACCAGCAGAGCUAAAGCUUGUCUUUAAGUAG